CUUGUGAGAGGAGGGAGCGUAAGUGUUCCUGUUUUCACUCAGAGCAGCAACACCAUUUGUUUGUUCUACUGAGAGCUGAGCGUAAGCUGGGAGGGAUAGCAUCCAUCAACAUACAGUUGCCUUUUAAUCAUCAAAUGUCAAUCCUCAACUGAUUUCCCCAGAAGCCUCUUUUUCCACCAUGAAUGUGUCCCAGACAAUGGAGACAGAGGAGGAUCUCCUGACCUGUCUCCACAUAAAGUUUUACCACCCACAGCAGAGUUGCCGGGGCCUUUAUGGGGCACUGCCUCUGGGGAAGAGGAGCAGACACUCGGCCGAUGACCCUCUCAGGCUGGGCCGGGACGCCCAGGCCUGCACCUACACCCUGCUCGACCCUCGGGUGUCCCGGAAACAGCUGGGCCUCUACGCCUACCGCACACCCCAGAGCCCAGACAUGCUGUUCACCAUCCAGAACUUGAGCCAGAAGGGGAAGCUGUCAGUGAACAGCUCUAGUCUCGGCUACCUGGAGAAGGUGGAUCUCCCAGACAAGGCCCUGGUGCGCUUCGGAGAGUAUGAAGUCGAGAUCAUCCGUGAGACCGGCGAGGCCAAGGGAAGCUUUGAGGUGGAGUUUGAGGUGCUGGCCGUGCCUCCAUCCAGGGAGACAUGCAUGUGUGCACCUAGUAUGACACCUGUCAUGGACACAGGCUCAUGUGUGACGAAUGGUUGCACUGCUGAGCUCACAGCACUGGGCCCCCUGGAGACUGAUGAGACUCUGAUGUAUAAUUCAUAAGAUAUUGUAACCUGCUUUUACUUUAUUGACUUACAUUUGAAAGCAAUGCAGAUUGCUUUUUUGCCGUUUAGUUGUUACAUUAGAAAACGUGCAUGCUUGUAUGUAAUUCCUGUUUAUGUGAAACUGUAUGACUUUGCACCCUUCAUGUCUACAUAUUAACAAUGAAGAUGUUACCUUAAUAACCGCUACUUUUUAAAAGUAAAUGCAAAUAAGCCGUUUUUCCUAAAAUUUCAACUUGAGCACAGUACAUAGUUUUUUUAAGUGAAAUGCUUUUGGUGGGUAUGUUGUUUAUAAAUAUAAGCUGUGACCUUAAUAACUGCUGCUGUUUAAAAGUAAAUGCAAAUAAGCCUUUUUUCCUACAUAUUUAACUUAUGCACAGUACAUUUGUUUUUUAAGUAAAAUACUUUUGGUUUUUUAUGUUAUUUCAAAAUAUAAAAAAAUCAGUCCCAGGUUUUGGAAAUUUCAGGGAAAGUCCCAGUCUCACAAGCACGAGGCAUUUGAGGAUUUUCCAUCUAUCCAAAUUACAUAAUACCAAAUGGCCUGAUGAACUGGUUUUUCAAGAUAUGCCGGAGAUCAAGUAGAUCAUCUUACUAUUUGAUCGGGUUGCAGUGCAAACCUGCUCUUCUACUUUGAGAAGAAAAUUCGAGCACUGCACUUUCCUUUAACGCGUUUCACUGAGUGGAAGAAGUUUUUAAGUAUUUGUUCAUGUACUACAAUAUAAAAUGAGUAAAAUAACUUAAAUUUCUGAAUA